AAUCACACCGGGUCUUCUCUUCAGUACCCCUGCAAAGCUGUCGCGAUCUGGUCGUUUCGCUCGCGUCCUCCUCCUCGUCGGCGGCCAUGAUCCAGGCGGUGAUGGUUAUCAGCACUCUGGGCAAGCCCCGCCUCCUCAAGUUCUACAGUUUCCAGGACCCGGAGAAGCACCAGGAGCUGGUCCGCGGCGUCUUCCAGUUGUUAUCUGCGAGGCCGGAGGGUGUGAGCAAUUUCGUCGAGGCCGAUGCAAUCUUUGGACCGGGAACGAGACUGGUCUACAAGCAUUUGGCGACACUAUACUUCGUCUUUGUCUUUGAUAGCUCUGAGAAUGAGCUUGCCAUGCUCGACCUCGUACAAGUUUUUGUUGAAACAUUGAAUAGGUGCUUCAAGAAUGUAUGUGAGCUUGACAUUGUAUUUAACUUCAACAAGCUUCACACAGUUUUGGACGAAAUGAUACUGGGAGGACAAGUGAUUGAAACAAGUUCAGAGCAAAUAAUGAAAUUUGUAGAAGAGAUUGCGAGGUUAGAGAAACAAUCAAGCACAACUAGCCUCAUACCAAAGUCGAUAUCGGAGCGUUUCAGCCGUUAAAUUUUUUCGCUUGUGUUUAGGACUGACAGUUUUGGAGACUUGAGCAAAAGAAAUCAAAUUGAUGAUCAUAUCUCCAAUGGUCUUUCAGUUCUCUGAAGUCUUGAGCAUCUGCCAUUCAACAUGAAAACCUAUUGGCUGACGUGCACAUCAUAUUGUCUCCCUCCCCAGAGUUGUAAGUUGUAACCUGAAAUGUGAAGCUGGCAUGCCCAGUCUAUACAGCUGUUAUGUGUAAACUUAUACAGUUGGAGUACUAGUCUAGUUAUGUCGCCCUUAUUAGCGUUUUGUACCUAUUUGAAAUACUGUCCAGCCAAUGACCAAAAAUAUUGGCAACACUUGUGGGCGGAUACAAAUUUGAUGCUAUUUGGAUGGCUGGCCACGUAGAACGGGCAAACUUACAUUGAAAAAGAGGUGUUUAAUUGUC